AUGGGCAAUCAACAAGCAAUAUCACCGCAACAACAAGAAAAUCAAUCAGAAUUAUCACCACAGCGCCUCACAUCAGAUUGGUUAAACAUAAGCCAACCAUUAAUAAAGCCAGCUGAUCUUUGCUUUGAUGAUCCUCCACCGGUAGCUAAUAAUGUAUUAUUCGAUAAAAUUUAUGGUUCAAUGCUUGGAAUGGCAAUUGGAGAUGCGUUAGGCGCACACAUCGAAUUUAGGCCAAGAGUCUAUUUAGAUGAAAAUCCCGUUAAAAAUCUGCAGGGGGGAGGCACGUGGGGUUUAGAAGCUGGUCAAUGGACGGAUGAUACCUCAAUGACACUGUGUCUGGCAUCGAGUCUUAUCGUGAAGAAAGGUUUUGCUGCUUACGAUCAACUUGUUCGAUAUAAAUGGUGGUGGCGACAAGGCUACAUGUCAUCGACUGGAAGAUGUUUUGAUAUCGGACAUUCAACAAAAGCAGCACUAGAUGAAUUUGUUAAUAGACAGCACAAAUUCAAAGAGAACUUGAACAUUGGCUUCAAAGAAUUGGAUUUAUUAUCUGAAACUUCAUUAGAAGAAUUUGACACUAAGUGUAGUCGGGAAAAUAUUGACAGUAACGGUUCAUUGAUGCGUCUAGCUCCUGUGCCGUUGUUCUAUUGUCAAGUGAAAUCAGCAACUUAUGCGAUUCAUUAUGCUGGCGAGAGUUCCCGUAUAACUCAUGCUGGAAAAAAAGCAAUAGAUGCAUGCCGCUUCUAUGGAUCUUUACUAUACGCUGCUCUUAAUGGUCGUUCAAAGCACGAUUUGCUAGACAAAAAAUUUUACGAACUAAAGCUGAACGCUGGUUGGUAUGGCAGUGAACCAUUACAUCCCGAUAUCGUUCGUGUAGCUGAAGGUUCAUAUCAAACAAAAGAUCGAAAUGAAAUAACAGCAAGUGUUAUGGCUGAACAAGCAUUAGAAGCCGCUCUAUGGGCUUUUUACAAUGAUGGUGAUUCAUUUCAUGUCGGUGUUUUGAAAUGCGUCAACUUAGGCGAUGACACGGAUACCGUAGCGGCCAUCUACGGUCAGCUAGCCGGUGCUACAUAUGGUGAGAAACAGUUACCGAAAGAAUGGUCGAAACUAAUAUAUGCUAAAAAUUUUAUUGAAAACAUUUCAAAAUGGCUUCAAUACGAAGGCUAUCAAUGGAGUCAAGACCGCGGAGGCAAUCAAGUGGAGUGA